AGUCCAUCGCAGCCUCAGACAUUCAACAACAGCUAACACCCCGCUUAGACCGGAGAGAACAGCGGCAGAUCGUCAUACCCAAACCAUGGACACUAUGAACAGAACUUUUUUAGUGAAAUCUUACCGAUUCUCUUUCUCCUUGCGCACACUUAUGUAACUAUUGGCUCCGGACUAUUUAAGAGAAAACAGUUCUGAACUUCUGAACAUGAUUGAUACGGAUUCCCAUGGUCAUCGAUUCUGAACGAUGAAGUCAAAAUGUUCAAAGGGAUUUCUUGCAGCGUAAUUUAAGGUGUUUCGAGUUACCUGGAAUUUAGUACGACAAAUUACAUUCCGAACAUAACAUGGAUCUGUGGGGGGUGUAUCUGUUUCAACUAGUAAUUUUUGCCCUGCAGGAGGUGGUAUCUGCGAGCAGAGACUGCCUGGUGGCUGGAGACUCCUGCUCCAGUGACGAGACCUGCAGCCCACGCCUGCGGACCCUGCGCCAGUGUGUGGCAGGCAACGGCAGCAUGAAGUUGGGGCCCGGGGCACGAAGCCAGUGUGCCAACGCCGUGUCAGCCCUUCUCUCCAGUCCCUUACACGGCUGCCAGUGCAAACGGGGCAUGAAGAAGGAGAAAAACUGCCUGAGCAUCUACUGGAGCCUGCACCAAUCUGUCAUACAUGGUCUCACCCUGGUGGAGAGUUAUCCCUAUGAGGCUGUGGAGAGAGACUAUGACUAUGUGCGUCUGGCCUCCAUCACAGCCGACUCAGAGGUUGGCAUGACAACAGUGAACCGUUGCCUGGACGCCGCCAAGGCGUGUAACGUGGAUGAUCUGUGCCAGAAGUUACGCACCGAGUACGUCUCCGCCUGCAUCAAGACCACCGCCAAGUCGGGCCUGUGUAACCGGGCCAAGUGCAACAGGGCUCUGCGACGCUUCUUCGACCGCGUUCCCCCAGACUACACGCACGAGCUGCUCUUCUGCCCCUGCACGGACACGGCCUGCGCAGAGCGGCGCCGGCAGACCAUCGUACCUGGCUGCUCCUACGAAGGCCCUGACAAGCCCAGCUGCCUCACUCAGAUGCGUAUAUGCAAGGAUGACUAUGUGUGCAGGUCCCGCCUGGCCCAGUUUCAAUAUGACUGCCAACCCAACAAGUCAUCUGCCAAUGGCUGCAAGCAAGGGAACCAUGGAGCCUGCCUCCUUGCCUACACAGGCUUGAUAGGCAGCUCCAUCACGCCCAACUAUGUGGACAACUCCACGUCCAGCGUGGCCCCCUGGUGCUCCUGCUCCACCAGCGGGAACCAGCGAGAACAAUGCUCCGGCUUCCUGGAAUACUUCACAGAGAACAUCUGCCUCGAAAACGCUCUCCUGGCGUUUGGCAGUGGAUCGGACCAGGCGCCCACCACCAGCCAAUCAGGAUUUUCCGUCUCCGCCUCUUCCUUGCCAGCUAUGGCGGAGACCAUACGGAAUGUUCUGGACCCAGUGAUACCCACACAGGCCACAGGAAAUGAACCCCUUUGGGGUGAUUCAACCAUUCCAUCCAAUGGGCUGCCUAAUGUUGCCCCUACUCUCACCCCCAUGCCUCCGUCUGCCUUCGCUGGCCUUCUGCUCCUCUCAAUGUUCUUCCAUAGACAUUAAGGACUGAGGGGCCAUCUAGGACAAAUGUUGCAUCACCGGGCAGAUGGGAAGAUCUGUGGCUCUUGAACGUACCCUGUUCCACUAAAUACGUUGAGUAUAUCUGGUUUUUUUUCUAUUUUUGUGUCUUGAUGUUCCAAUUUCACCUGCCAGAUCCUGUCAAAGUAUUGACUCGCAGAGCCUGAGGCAGAUUGCAACCAAUCUGUAUAUUUGUACAUUGCUAUUACGUCAGAUUCUAUUACACAAGAGAAUAGCUUUACUGUGGACUAACCUACAGUCCAGCUAUUCAAGUAUAUCCGUAGUUUAUUUUUGAGAGUAGCUUGAGAAGAACCAUUUAGACACUACAAGGUUGUCUAUUAAGAUUUAUAAUAACAGAAAGCUCUUACCUGGAAUUAUUGUCUGGAGAAAUAGACCCUUGUGAAGUGGUGAAAUUUGUCUUUAUUUUGCUCUCGAAGCACAAACUGAUUGGAAAAGACCCUUGAGGACACAGGGCUCUAAUGCUACUGGCCUUCCUGUGACUGAACGAGGGACGUUAUUUCUGAUCAAUACUGGAAUGGAAGAGAUAGACAAUGGAGCUCCAAUCAGCUCAGCCUUCCAGGACACAUUCACCCUGACUUUCUCCACAUUCCUGCUGCUGUGUGCACCUGCUGUUGACACAGCACACCUGACAUUAACCCUCAUGCCCGAGUUGAAGAAUGGGCUGUAAGUCAGUGUGCCAUGUCGGACUGAUUUGUUAUCGCUAAAGCUACAUUGUUCAUUGCCGAAACAACAUAUUCUUCAGACUCAAAAAACAGUAACUCUUUACAUGUAGACCCAUUGCUGUGUGUUUUGUGGAAGUGUUGUUAUGUAUUUCUCACUGUGUACAUAGGCAUCGCUAACAUUGCAGAAUUAUUGUGCCAUAUUAAGGCUGGUGCUUGCUAUGUGAGGCCAGGCAUUACAGAAUAUGACCUGGUCAUGGCCAGACAGUUGUGAAUGAUUCAGAGUUCUCUGUUUAAAAAAGGCUAAUGAUUUCUAACAAGAAGGGAUUUGUUUAAAGUGCUGAAAAUAAAUGCUGUCA